UACUAUCACAUGGCAUAGCACGCUUUGUGCAAUAUACAUUUCGGUGUAGAAAUAAACCUCUAGUCUAUGGCGUCUGCUCCUGCCGACCUUUAAUCAAUAUCAAUAUAAUCUAUAAUGAGUAUCACAAAAUAUACAAAAGUAUUAGGGGCGUUUCACAUCACAAAACGAAUACUUAGCCAGCGAUGUUUAUUUACAAAUAUGAAAAACGAUAUAAAACAGUAUGACAUUUUCUUAAGGAAAUAUCGUCCAUUCCUAUCGCAAAAGAUACAACUGAAAGAAAUAAAUACUAUAACUCGUGGUUAUGCAUUUAAAAAGAAAGAUAAAUAUGAGAAAAUCAUAGGAUCCUGGUUGCUCACAUGUGGCGGCAUGGUUUUCGUAGCAGUUGCUUUAGGAGGUAUAACAAGACUUACAGAAUCAGGUUUAUCCAUGGUCACUUGGAAUUUGUUAGGAGAAAAAAUGCCUCUUAAUGAAACACAAUGGCUCUUAGAAUUUGAACGUUACAAACAAUUUCCCGAAUAUAAAAUAAGCAACUACAAUAUGACAUUGGAGGAGUUCAAGCGUAUCUGGUGGAUGGAAUAUUUACAUAGAAUGUGGGGACGUUUGAUUGGCAUUGUAUUUAUAUUUCCAGCAUCGUGGUUUUGGUUCAGGGGUGUACUGAAUAGCAAAAUAAAAAAACGGGUUGUUGCCCUAGGCUCGUUAAUUGGCCUGCAAGGACUUAUGGGAUGGUACAUGGUUAAAUCUGGGUUAGAGGAUCGUUUUGUAGAACCUGCUGAUGUACCACGAGUGUCGCAGUAUCGGUUAACUGCGCAUCUUGGAUUGGCAUUGCUUAUAUAUACCGGAUUUCUUUAUAAUGCGCUGGAUUACUUGAUACCGGCUCAAAGGCCAAUUACUGAUCUUUCUACUAAAAUUGCAAAUAACGCAAUGAAAGCAAUAAGAUUUAAAAGAUUGGUUUACAUGACGAAAGGAUUGAUUUUCUUCACAGCCCUGUCAGGUGCUUUUGUAGCCGGAAUGGAUGCUGGCCUAAUUUACAACACUUUUCCAAAAAUGGCCGACAAAUGGAUACCUGAUGAUAUAUUUGCCAUAUCUCCUACAUGGAGAAACUUCACGGAGAAUCCAACCACGCUUCAAUUCGAUCACAGAAUUCUGGGAAUUACUACCAUAGCAUUGAUAACUUAUUUGGGUCUCGUGUCGCGUAAACAUAAACUUCCUGGUCGAGGAAGACAAGCAAUAGUUGUAUUACUUUGUACUGGUUAUCUUCAAGUACUUCUAGGCAUAUCAACUCUGUUGUAUUAUGUUCCUAUAACACUGGCUGCCUCUCAUCAAUCUGGUAGUCUUUUCCUUUUAAGUACUGUAAUUUGGCUAUGUCAUGAAUUGAAGUAUUUAGGAAAAUUUGUUAAAUAAGUUUAUCUAUAAAAUACGAAUAAAAUAAUUGAACAUU